GGACCUGGAGGUGGGGGUACUCAAAUGCCCUGUGGUGCUGGGGAAGGGAGGUGGGGGUGUGGAGGUGUCCAGGGUGCUGCGAGUCUGGACAUGGGGUAUUGGGGUACCCAGGGUGCUGAGGAGUAUAGGUGGGAGUACUGGGAUGCCCAGGGUGCUGGAGGUGGGGGUGCAGAUGGAUGGCCAAGUCCCAGGAUGCUGGGGUGUUACGGAUGCCCGUGGUUCUGGGGCUCUGAUGUCCAGGGGAUCCUGACCUGGUGCUGGGGGUGUUCAGGGAUGCCCCAUCCCUCAUCCCACAUGGCUCAGCAACUCCCCCAUGGCACAGUGCCCACUGCUGUCCCUGCGUGCUGCCAUGGCCGGGGUGCAGGGCUGCGGCGAGGGGCAGAUCGCGGGGCUGUAUGACCUGGGGCGCACGCUUGGCACGGGCCAUUUCGCGGUGGUGAAGCUGGCACGGCACGUCUUCACCGGGCAGCGUGUGGCCGUCAAGGUGAUCGACAAGAGCAAGCUGGUGGGGGGCGCUGCGGGGCAGCUCCUGCAGGAGGUGCGCUGCAUGAAGCUGGUGCAGCACCCCAACGUGGUGCGCCUCUACGAGGUCAUCGACACGCAUGCCAAGCUGUACCUCAUCCUGGAGCUGGGUGACGGUGGGGACAUGUUCGAUCACAUCAUGCGGCACGAGGGUGGGCUGGCCGAGGCGCGAGCCAAGCACUACUUCGCCCAGAUUGUCCACGCCAUCUCCUACUGCCACAAGCUCCACGUGGUGCACCGCGACCUCAAGCCCGAGAACGUGGUCUUCUUCCAGGAGCAAGGUGUGGUCAAGCUCACUGACUUCGGCUUCAGCAACUGCUUCCAGCCCGGCAAGAUGCUCACCACGAGCUGUGGCUCGCUGGCUUACUCAGCGCCCGAGAUCCUGCUUGGGGAUGAGUACGAUGCCCCAGCUGUCGACAUCUGGAGCCUGGGGGUCAUCCUCUACAUGCUGGUCUGCGGCCACCCCCCCUUCCAGGAGGCCAACGACAGCGAGACCCUCACCAUGAUCAUGGACUGCCGAUACACUGUGCCUGCGCACGUCUCGGCUCAGUGUGCUGACCUCAUCUCCAGGAUGCUGCAGCGGGACCCUAAGUGCCGAGCCUCGCUGGAGCAGAUCGAGGGCCACGCGUGGCUGCAGGGGGUGGACCCGUCCCCCGCCAGCCGCUGCCUGCUGCCCCUCACCUCGCACAAGCGUGUGUCACAGGAGGAGCACGAAAUCAUCCUCCGGGCCAUGAUGUGUGGGAACAUUGCGGAUAGGGACACCAUCCAGGAGGCACUGGAAGCCAACCGCUACAACCACAUCACGGCCACCUAUUUCCUGCUGGCGGAGAGGAUCCUGCGGGAGAAGCAGGAGAAGCAGAGCCGCAGUCUCAGCCUCGUCUACAACCUGGCAAGGGAGGUGCAGAGCAGGGGCAACUUACCAGGCACGUUCAGCCCCAUGGGCAGCGCCAGCAGCCUCCUGCCUUUCACGGAGGUGCCGGGUGGCCUCACAACUGUCUCCCACCUGCCACCCCUGCCCACUGGAGCCGACAUCGGCAGCCGGCAGCCCCCCAGGACCCUGCUGAAGAUCCCAGCCGUUGGCACCACCAUCACCAAGAGCACCCCUGCCCUGCAGCAGAUCUGUGAGGAGGAAGAGGAGGAGGAGGAGGAGGAUGAGGGGAGGCCUAGUGCCAUGGAGAGGAAGAGCAGUUCACUGAACCAGGAACAGAUGCGAGCCUUCCUGUGCACUCACCACCCAUCUAGCUGUGGGGAGCUGUGGGGCCCUGGGCCCGAGCUGGGGGGCCGGGGCUGGGCUGGGAAGGCAGUGAGGGGGGUUUGGGAUCCCCCAGCACUGUGGGGAGAUGGAGCAGAGCCCCCCAAGAGGGAGGAGGAUGCAGACCCUGGGAGUUCCUCUGUAGAGCCCCCCUGGGAAAGGGGAGUCACUGGAUCACCCCAGAGCAGCUCUGCUGAGGUGCCCCAGGGGCUGGGGGGAGAAGUGACCCACACUGCCCUGUCGAGCCCCACGGACAAGUCCGGAGGGCAGGAGGCACCCACCAGCCUGGCUGGGAGGUUGGUGGAGAGCUCAGGGCUGGGGAGCAUCGAGGGAGGUGUGGAGAACGUGAUCAAGCUGGACCCUGGCAAGAGCAAAGGGGGCAGCCUGCGGGACAGGCUCCUGCAGUUCCCGCUCUGUGAGAAGGCUUUGGCCUUCAAACUCCAGCCGGGCUCCAGAGAGAGCCUCCUCUCGCUGGGGCAGUUCAACUGCUGCCACGUCAUUUAGACCCUGCAUGAGGGCUCAGGAGGGGACCCCCCCCACCUUGCCUGUGCUCUGCCCCUGACCCACAGCCCCGGGGCUGCUGGAGGGCUCGCAGCCCUUGCUCCGUCACCGACAGUGGCCACCUGAUUAAGCACCCACCUGGGGCACCCAGGAGGGGACUGCCCGUGGGGAGGGUGAGGUGGGCUGGGGUCCCACACCACAAGCCCCGGGGCAGCUCCAUGGCCCUGCCGCUGCUGGGUGGGCCACACUGUUUUUUUUAUCUCCUAGAAAUAACUUUUUUAAAUAGUCUAUUUUAAUGUAACUACAUAGAGGUUGCUAUAUUCCCCCUGCCCCACAGCAGGGCUGUGCUGCCUGUAGCAGCUGUAGGGCUGCUGCUUCGCUAUCUGCACCCCCUCCUGCUGUCCCUCCAGACAGGGCCAGGCACAGCUCUGCCCGUGGCACAGCCUGACCCGGUGCCUUCCCCUGCAAAUAGGCUUCUAUUUAUUAUCUCUUUGUUUUCUUGCUGGCAAGAACUGAAUGACGACCGUGGCGCGGGCUGGAGCUGGACAGCACGUGCGUGCGGAAGGGAGGGGAGCCACUGGAAGCAAAGUCCAUCGGGACAAUAAAUAAGCUGGUGGGUUGA